AUGUCGUGCAACACUUCCACCACCCCCCUAAUGGGCUUCUCUGUCCACCAGCCUGGUCUUGGCGCCCAGCUGCAGUUCUUCCCUGAGAUGGGCUCGAAGCAACUGGACGCUAUGAUCAAGGCUUACGUUCCCGGUGUUGCUUCGAUCCAGGAGAAACGUGCUAUUGUGUCCAUGCAAUUUUUCGAACACACCAUCCAGACCGGCGAGCUUUUCAAGUUCUUCAUGGUCUACCCUACAGCCGGGUCUGCCACUGCUUCUCCUGCUAGCUCGAGCGCCAUGCACGACUCUGGCUACGGUUCCAGCUUCGACACAUCGCCCGUCAUCUCCGAGAGCCAAUGGGCACAUUCUAACAACGUCUCACUCGCCUCUCCUUCGCAAGGCCAGGCUCGCACCUCGCCCAAGAAGGCGGCUUCGUCGUCUGCCCAGCCGAAGGCCAACGACUUCUCUCACAUCCCCGGAAUGAAGAUUAUGACCAAAGACGGCCGGGAUAUCACUAACUCGGCGUCCCGUAGCUGCAAGACUAAGGAGCAGCGUGAUCACGCUCAUCUGAUGCGGAUUAUUAAAGCUUGCCCGGUCUGUAAGAAGAAGAAGAUCCGU